GUGUCAUGAGGACAAUCACAACACUGUCACGCUGAAAGCCGCCAGCGCUGCUCAUCAGAUCCGGCAUCAUCUGCACGCUGCGUCCCUCCCGCGCGCCUCACCUGUGAGGAGAGGAAGAGCGCGCGAGCCGUACGCUGCCACGUGCCGCACGUCUCGCGCUCCGCCAGUUUCUGCCUCGGACGGGAAGAGAAGCGGCGCGCGAGCUCAGCGCAGCAGGCGGAGUUGCGUUACAGCCCGCGAUAAAGUGGACGGACUGACCGCAAACACAGCGCGACGUGCAGAGGGAGAAGUUGCUCUUUGAUUUCCCCCCCAACGAAUCUGCUUUACGAAGCUCCGCUCUCUGCCGGCUCCUGAGGCUGAGGCUGCGGCAUGAGCCUGUGCGGCAGGAAGGCGCUGACGCUGCUGAGCAGCGUGUUCGCCGUCUGCGGCCUCGGCCUGCUGGGCAUCGCCGUGAGCACCGACUACUGGCUCUACCUGGAGGAGGGCGUCAUCCUUCCACUCAACCAGAGCACCGAGAUGCGCAUGUCGCUUCACUCCGGCCUCUGGAGGGUUUGCUUCCUCGCUGGUGAAGAGAAAGGCCGAUGUUUUACCAUUGAAUAUGUGAUGCCUACUAAUGUCCAAAUAACGUCUGAGUCCACCGUCAGUGUGCUCAAGAUGAUCCGCUCUGCUACACCGUUUCCUCUGGUCAGCCUCUUCUUCAUGUUCAUCGGCUUCGUGCUCAGCAACAUCGGCCAUAUCCGACCACAUCGCACUAUCCUGGCAUUUGUUUCUGGAAUCUUCUUCAUCCUCUCAGGUCUGUCUCUGGUUGUCGGUCUGGUUCUGUACAUCUCCAACAUCAACGAUGAAAUGUUGAACAGGACGAAAACUAACGAGGCUUACUUCAGCUACAAGUACGGCUGGUCUUUUGCAUUCGCCGCCAUCUCCUUCCUGCUGACAGAGACGGCGGGCGUCAUGUCGGUGUACCUGUUCAUGAAGCGAUACACGGCGGAGGAAAUGUACCGGCCCCAUCAGGGCUUCUACCGGCCCCGCCUCAGCAACUGCUCAGACUACUCCGGCCAGUUCCUCCACCCAGACGCCUGGGCGGGGCGGGGCCGCAGCCCCUCCUCCAUCUCCUCCGAGGCCUCCCUGCAGAUGAACUCCUCCAACUACCCCGCCCUCCUCAAAUGUCCAGAGUACGAACAGAUGUCCUCCUCGCCCUGCUGAGCUUUGGUUUUGGGUUUGAAGGAAGCGAAGCAUGAGGCUGCUCCAUGUGCUUCGGAUGGAAGAGGAAGGUUCAACUCCCGCUCCGUUAUUUAAUGACUCAUGCAGACUUUGCAUGUAACACACACACACACCCACACACACACAUCCAAACAUAUGGCUGGGAGGUUUACAUAGAAAGCAUUAACCAUUCGGUCUUGUUGCCGACUUUAAGGAAACUUUCUCACAAAAGUUUAUUUCAUUAAAAAAAAAAAGCUAUAUCAUAAAAUUUCUUUACAAGCUGCAGUUCACUGCUGCUAAUGUGUCGUGCAGAUUCUUUUUUUGAGCAUGUUUACAUUAUGUUAAGAACCACGUUUCAGAACAAACGGUUUGAAUGGCACAACUCUGCAGAGAUCCUCUCACACCACGUAAAAUCAACUUUAUUAUAUAAAACUCCUUUUUAUAUAAGCAAGAAGUUAUACGGGCAUAACAUGAUGGGAGUGAUUAUGAAAACUGGUGACUUUCAUUUGUGUAUUUAUUGUCUAAUUUCUAUUCUCAGAGUAUUUCACUGUACAUUCUCAUGUUUGACAAACCUUCGGUCAACUUCCAGAAGUAGAAUCGAUUUUAACCUCACUGCACUGGCACUAAGAAGAAACGACGGGUUUUGCAUUUUAAACCACUCAUGUAAAGGUGCAUUGAAGCUGUUAUUUGAAUUUGUGAAUGACUGUUUCAAUUUAUACGUACGUGUCAUGUGUACAUGCAAAGCUAAAUAUGCAUAUAUGUAUAGAUUUUACCUCGCUCUCUCGAUUUGUGGUGCAAAAAUGCACAGUAGCUUUACUUUGUAAAGCAGAAAAUGUGUUCUUGGCCCAGCAGGUUGGUACAGGAGGUGAAGUGAGGUAACAUUUCUAAAGAAAGCAAGCAAUCUGUUGAUUGUGGUCAUCAAAUCAAAUGGAUUUGCAGAUGUAAAGUGUGAUAAGACCGGAGGGGACGUGUGGUUACUCAUGUUUGAGGUGGAAUGUGAUUGAAGUCAGGUGGAGUUAAGAACUAUUUUCAUAUAAAAUUGUCGUGAAUGUAAGACGUGCUGAAAGAAAACACUGCGAAAAGAGAUUUCCUGCUUUGAAUACCUCCCCAGACGGGACAGUAUGCAGUAUUAACCCAAAUUACAGACAUAUUUUUGUAACACCUUGUAAGACCAGAACGUGCAGAUGUAUGUGUCUACAUGUGUGCAUUUAAUGCAGCAGCAAGCAUUCACUGGAUACAUAUAUUUAGUCUCGUGCAAUCACUUGCCCAGUGUUUUUAUUGAAAUUAUUGUCAUUAUAUGAUGUUGCAUGGUGUAAAUGCCACGUGAAAUUACUGGUUUGUAGCAUUCGGUCGCUGAAACGCGACACAUUCAGUGCAUCACAAAACACAAAGAGUUCAAGUCUCGCUCUUUUGGACCGUUCUGGUAGGCUGAGCUGUAAACAACAACAACAACAAAAAAAAAGAAGUUGCUCAUUUUAAACGCUGUACAUAUUAAAUCAUUGGCGUGCACAUAAACUCCUUUCUGUAUAAAUGGCGGUGUAUGUAAUAUAAUGUAAUGGUGGUACAUUAUGUUAGGUUGUGUCACCUAUGUAGCUCCGUCUGCCUCCUGAUUCCCAUCAACAGUGUGAGCUUCUGCGUAAUGUUAAGCUGACAUGUGGUAUAUAAAUACAUGGUAUCAAACAAGAAACCUGUAUGUGCAUAUAUAUAUGUAUAUACUGCAGUCAUAUUCACAGUGUUAAAUGUGAACUGGAUGGUAUGAAAAUAAAAUUAAUGUGAUUU